AUGAUUGAUGAACUGGACAAAAUGAUAAUGUGCAGAUUCGUUGGCAGCGAUACCGGACGCACUGAUAACAUGGCAGGAGCUGCCGUUACGUGUUUUGUCGCACUUCCACAAUCGUCGAUUCCAGCGUCGUUUAAAAUUUAUAACCUCUUUUUAACUUUUUGUCUUCGGUGGCGCGAAAAAAAACACGAAGACAAAUUGGAACAUUUCUUGAAUACGUUUUGUAUGCAGAUAUGGAUGAGAAGCAUUUCGACUACGACGAUGAAGAAUCAGUGGACAACGUCGAUUGGCAUCAAAAGUCUAAAAAUGCUCGUUUCUCGGAAUUCUAAAAUCUGCUGCUUAAGAUGGAGAAGCAUGCUUUUUCAAGUUGUUCUUUCAUUGAUUGUGAUUGGAGCUUGUACGGGUGCUCUUGUGUGGUCUUUCAUCCAAGGUAAUUCGAUAAACUAUAGAUUUUCAAAAGAUGAGUGUUCCAGGAGAAUCUGGAGAAAGUCACGUCGACCACUCGCGUGACGCUUCCAAGAACUUUUCAAUUUUCGUCGACCAGUACACGGAGAAAGACGGCGUUUACAGGGUGUCUUAUCGACCUCCAGAUGGCGACCAUGUCGGCGUCGCGGUUUGCUGUUUCCCAUUUUCCGUCAACAUGUCCAGCUACAGAGAACAGUAGAGUAUCAGUCUUUCUGGAUUCAAAGCGACAAAAAUCAUUCCCUCGUCCAUCAAAUUUCGCCCAAUCUAACUAUUUUUGCCUUUUCCACUCAUGCGUAUUGGGUCAACGGCGAAGGACAGCAAAAGGCAAGGUUUCAAAAAAAGAUUAUUCUGAAAUUAUGAUCAGAAAUGCGAGCUUGACACGAAUACCAACUACGCGUCCUACAUCAAACGUCUCGGUAUGACUUCUCUAGUUCGACAUCACUCUGAAAUCGUUAGUUUUUCCACGUAAGAAAAUCUUGAAUUUUCAAAUUAUGAACUUGACAGGAACAAACACAUAACUUCGAUCGGGUCUUCAUUUAUCAGGGUAAUCCUGACGAAGUCGAAGUCAUAGACGUCCGGCAAACGGCCUUCCUCGUGACAACCUACGCAGAUGCUCAUACUGGUUAGUAAAUCAUGAUUUAUAGAAUUUAUUAUAAUCUGGAUGACCUUGUUCUAUUUGUAAAUUUUUCAGGUGUACUUCUGGGCUGGGAUACAUACUUCGCAGCCGAUGGCAAUAGUACUGACCUUAUUUAUGAGCUUUCUUAUGAAUAUGAAGAAAUGGUUCCUCACUCACCUGAUCCUAUGUGGUUUAAUCCACCAAAAGAAUGUUCUCCGUAAUCUUUUAUUGUUACAUUCUUGUAUAGCUAAAUAUUAAUUUUGUUUUUCAUCUUGUUUCGCAAAAAAAAAAACAAUUAAAAAUUCCAGACAUGUUAUGGUGUUUUUGGGGAUAUUUUGAAAAAAAACCUUUUUCGUUGAGAAAUGUAUAUUUAAACUGCAUACACCCAGUUUUACGGACGAGGUCGCAGCGAGAGAAACGCUAUAUCGCGGGGGAGCCGCGAGCUAUAUCGCUCGCCUCUCGGCGCAAGGUCGCUCACAUCUCGCUGCUAUGUCGCUCUUUCAAAAAAAUUUUUUUAGCUCGAUUGGGCUUUUUCUUGAUUUGCUUUCUAUGCUUCAUACUUUUUAUUGGGUUGUACAUGAUAACAUAUCGGUCUUUAUCAACCUUCUUCACUUUUUUUAUUUAAUAUAAACAAUAUAUUUAAAUGAAAAACUUGAGAGCAUUAAAGAAAUUUCCAAAUAAUUGAUGAUACAUUUUCGAAUUCGAAGUAAACUGAAAGUAUGUACAAAUCUGAAGAAGAUUGAAUUGAGGCGAAAGAGUGAAGCUUCAAGUAAGAAUAAAAAAAGGACAAUAUGAGGAAAAAAACAUGUGUAUCGUUUAUUUUUUUCAUAGGAAAAAUGUGACUAGGAAAAGAGUAGUUUCAAUAAAAAAACAGAAAAAGUAAACCGAUUGUAAGCUCGUAGAUGAUCUUUUAAAAGUUCAAAUUAGAUAAAGGAGGGAGGCUCGAAAUGAAAAAUGAAAGAAGUUUUUGAAAAAAAGAAAAUUAAGCUAAACAAUCAGAUUGACCCUAAGUUCCCUUAAAAAUGUUACUGUAAGCUUUGACUUGAUAGUUUUCGGCAUAUCCUUCAUUUGCUGCGUCAAGAACUUUUCUAAAUGAUAAAACCGGUAAAAAAGAGAAAUACUGAAAAAAGUCCAACCUUGAAUAAGAGAAUAACUCACAGGAGCGACUGUAUCAAGACAGCAGUUCGUGCUUUCUCGAAAUCAUGCCUCAUUUCUUCUUUUCCUUACCCAUCGACGCCAAAGUGCAAAUCAUAUCUUCAAGCAAAAAAAUGGAUAUACUGUUUCAAAAAUAGUUUACCAAGAAUCUUAUUGAUUGUAUCCAAAAGCAAAGUUUCGGUGCCAUCUCCCACGGAUCUUUCUUGACUUUUUAUUGAUCGAAAAAAAAUGUUAGAUGUUUUUUUGAAGUACUAAUAACCUGAAAUUAUUGGUUAAAACAUGAAAAAAUACGAAAAAAAGGACUUUCAAAUUCAAGAAAGGUGUGCAGUGCCGUCAAAAUAUAUACAAAAAAACGCUUUUUUUAAAUCACAACUUUCUUUAAUGGGAUUUCACCCUUUUGAAACUCUCUGGAAAUAUGAUGACUGUUGAUUGUAACACCGUGGUGAAAACUUAGAAACACAGCUGAAAAAAAGUUUCAGAAAGAUUGAGCUCUAUACGAGGAAGUUGUGAGCGAAAAAAAUAUUUUUUUCCUCUUCUGACGGUACUGUAUGAGCGUUACAUUAGUUGUAAAAUUAACAUUUUAGAAAUAUUAAGUGAAAAAAAUAGACAUAAAAAUCAGAGAGAAUAUAACACACGAAAAAAAUUAAACAAUUCAAGUAAAAUUUUGAUGGCACGUAAAUAGUGACCAAUCGAUAAUCCGCGACCUCGCGCCGAUAUCGCGCCGGGAGUUUGCUAGAGCUGAGCGAGAUGGCAGCGAGAUAUGUCGCUGCUAUGUCGCGCCACUCUCGCUGCGAUAUAGUCCACGAAACUGGGUGUAGAUAAAAGAAAUAAAAAUGAGACCUCUCCCGUAAAUCGCGGAGACUACUAUCGAUGGAGCGCACAAUGUAAGAGAAAGAUCCUUUAGAGGCCACUUGACAUUUAUUUUUCUGACGCUUGGAAAUUUUUUUUUCGAAUUUGCCUUUUUUGAAAGCUUUACUAUUGUUUUCUUUUUUUAGAACAACAGUCCAGAAGCCUUGAUAUCAUAUUAUCGAAUUGUCUUUUUUUCUUAAAUAUAUUUUCGAAAAUUUAUUGCGUUUUUUUCCUUGAGGUUUUUUUACUUGAAAUAAAUUUCUUCUCCAGUUUAUAGUUCCACUUAAAAAAAAUUUCAUCUGGAUCUCAGUUCUAACGGUCUGAAUCGAGAAAAGAAAACUUUGAAUCUUUUCUUGCUGUAGGACGCCUUCAUUCAAUAUUUGAUUUUCACUUCACGCUCGUAUUUUGAGAAGUGACAAACUAUUUUCAGUAUGGAUGAUGAACUAGAAGAUUUUUAUGAGAACAUUGUAACGUGUUUCAAUUGCACUCUGCAAAUACAGAAGUUCGUGCACAUUAGAUGCCAAGAAUGCGACGUCGACACUUGUCUGCCGGUAAGAAUUUAAUAAAAACCACAUUUCGUAGCCGUCUCACCAACGUUGAACGAGUUUAUUUCCAAAUUAUCGAAAAAAUCAGGUUUUUGAUUUGAAAAGAUCAGUUUGGAUCGAUCGAAUGAUUUUUUUUAAAUUUGGCUGAAAACUCUUCUUCUUUUUUCAGUGCUUCCAGUUUGGAGCGGAGAGCGGCGCCCACAAACGUGGCCACAAUUAUUUGGUUGUGAAUCCUUCGGGAAAGCCGACGCACAACGGCGGCUGGAGCUACAUUGAAGAGCAGAAGCUUUUGUCGACCAUGCACCGUUUCAAAAUGGGCAAUUGGGGCGAGAUCGUCGAGAACAUGGAGUCGAAGCGACGGUCGGCUAGCGAGGCCCAGGAGUACUUCGACAAGGUUUUCGUUCGCGGCUGGAUGGGACAGUUCGCGAUUCGCGAGAACGACUGGCCACUCAUCAAGCAUCGGAUGGUCGCCAACAAAACGCUGAUGGAACUCGCGUCGCCUGAAGCCGACUCGAUCCUGCGACUGCUCGCCAUCCGCGACGCUCUCCGAAACUACAACGGCUACAUUUCCGACGACGACGCCAAUCUUGAGCGCAAGGUGCAGAACAUCUUGGAAAAGCACUUGGAAAAGUUUUUCUUUUGUCCAUCUCCUGGCCAUCAUACCUAUUUUCAGGUGCAUUCAGGGUGAAAUCACGGUGGCCUACCAGCACCCAAAAGUUUGGCCGAAAACAGUUGUGGAAACAUUGAGUGAUGAUGAUCUCGACGACAGCGACUUCGAGCACGCAACGAAGAGCACGAAGCGUGGAAAAACGGUUUGUUUUAAGUCCUGGGUGAUGGAAAGGCGAAAUUUUUCAGCAGGCUUCUCUGGGAGAGCAAACGGGCGGUCUUGAAGUCGAGUUUGACAGCGAGGACGAAACUUUGAGGAGGAAGGUGAAUUCUUUUCGAAAAUAGUUAACAAUAAGUUUUCACGAAACGGUUUUCGGUUUUUGAUGCUGAUUAUUGGACUGUGUUGAAUGAUUAAUUUUUACAAAAAUCACUAACGCCAUAUUUUGAAGCUCUUUUGAGAUCAAGGUCAUUGAUCACGCAUCAUAAUAUUUUUCGGCUAAAAUAUCUUUUUACAAUAUUUCGAAUAAACAAUCUAAAAACCAAUGCUAAAUGGUAUAUACGAAGUAAAGUUGAAUAUUUUUUUCUUGCAGUUCAGGAUGAAGAACGGUAUCUUAUCUGUCUAAUAAUUGUAUAUAAAUUUGAAUUUCAAGUUGUUUUUCCAACUCAUUCAGUCAAUUUCCAGAGUGAAAAACAGCGAAAGGAGACACCAAGGAGUUCGAAAAUGUCAACACGGACAAAAACGACUCCGAAGAGCAAGGAAAAGUACAAUCGCAUUGAACGGGCCUGCAGUAGCAGUGAAGACGAAGACACUACGAAUAAUGGAGACGAAAUGGACGACGGAGUCCAGAAGAGCGAAGUCGACGGCGACGACAGCUCUGAGCAGGCCGAGGAGUCCGACGUCAGCGAAUCCGAUGAAUGCACGCCGCCACUCAGCGCUUCGAAAAGCUCGCGCAACGCAGGGAGACAUGAUCGAAAGAAAAACAGCAAGAGGCGACGCCCCAGGAAAGUCUUGACCAAAAAGCAGCGGCGACUGGUCGACUAUCGGAGGAAAAUGGCCAGGAAGAUUCGAAAACGCGACUUGGGCCUCGACGCCAUCAACAACCUGUGUCCGAAGUCCGUUAUUCAAGAGCUGCGCGACGAAUUCCCAAACCUCGCGUUACAGGAGAAAGGGUCGCUGAAGGAACGGCCCAAGAUGCGACAGGACGACCUCAAGUUCCUGGCUUACAACGUCGACCGCGAAGAGUUUGAGUACGAAUGGUUCAACGAAGCCGAACAGCUCAUCAGUCGUCUCAGCAUCAAUCCCACAACCGAGAAAGACGAAAUCCUCGACAUCGAGAACGACAUCAAGUUCGUGAGGAUACAACACUACAUCCGUAUCCUAAGCGCUCGGAAAGCCAAGAAGCGAGCCAUCGUAGAACACGACAAGAUCACGGAGUUUUUCAACUUCAUUCGUACGAUGCUCAGUUCCAAAGGUCGCACGAUGGCUGAGGUCAUCGGAGAAAGGUCCAAAGUCGAAGCCUUGCUGGCCAGGAUGCAGCAGUUCCUCACCAAAGAGGAGCACAAGGAGUUCACAGAGACUCUCGACCGCCUCGAGUUGCUCACAGAGAACAUUUCGCGUCUGCAGGAACUGCAAAGAAAUGGCGAAACAACUCUGAAAAACUACACUCCCGUCAUUAACAGUUCGAUGAAACCAAAGAGGAGAAAGUCGAAACACGAGAACGAACAGCGAAGAAAAGCUGAUCUCCGUUGGCAGGCAUUCAAAAGACUUCAUUUGA